AACGGCCUGACCUGCUCUCACCAUACACUCUGCUCAGAGGAUACAAGGAAAACCAAGGUCACUCCGAGGCAGUUCUGAGGAAGCAGCGGUUCUUCCUGGAAAACAAAACAACCAUCAGGCGCCGCCGGAUCUGGGGACACAUCCUCGGGUCUCCGAGCUCUAAUUCCUGCUGUUUCCACUGGGAGAGGCCAGAGAAAGCGAGAGGCAGCAGCGGUUUUGCCGCCUCCCGGGGAGGACGGGAGCUGAAGCGAGCGCUCUCUGCGCCUGCCAGCUUUUGGGGAGGAUCAACACGUGGACUGUUCCUUUGCCUGGGCCGCACUGGGUUUUUCCUUCUGUGCCUAAACGGUAAUAUCCACUUGAGAGAGAGGGAGCUGUGACUGUAGAACCAUCAAAUCCAUUUUUGUUCCAGCCCCCAGCACAGAUUUACCUCCAGUCUGAGAGGCACCUUCGCUGGCUGUAGUGAGAAGGAAAAACCAAAUGCAAACUGCCUGGGGGUUCACUGCCCAACGCUGGGAACUGCUGCAGUUAUGGCUGGAGGCCACCAACACAACUGCUCCUCAUCUCCUGCUCAGGCUCAAUGCUCAUUGCCAUCCCGGGAUGCUCUGAGGGAGAAGGAGAUCUUUGAAAAGCCAUUCUGGGGAAAGUUUUAUGCUCGCUUACAAAUACAGCAUGACUGUGUGGAACCUGGAUGAGCCUUCCUGCUGUAUUUUCCUGCCUGGCAAACCCUUGUUUAUGAACUGGAGAGCAAAGAAAACCCUGAAGGAUAAAAAUUGUGAAAAAUGGAGAGCCUGCUGCUGUUACCUCAAACCUCACCUCAGACAGCGUACAGGGCAGGAUCCCCUGGAUAUUACUGGAAUGUGACUACAAGGAAAAACGUGCUUUUCUAACAACUCAGUUGUGGACGUCUAACCAGACUUUGGUUUCUGGGAAUGCUACACCAUGGCUUCAUCAGGGAAUGAGAUAGAAAGAUGGACUCACAAGCAAGGUGGCAGAAUUGGAGAGCUGGUAGAAGCUUUCAUCUCUCCUGAAAAUGGUAAUGGUCUUUCAGCAGUGAAGUCGAUGAGCAGCAUGGACCAUCUCCUGCACCUCCCUGGAAGAGCAGACUCUGCUUACAGCUCUUUCUCAGGAGGAUCAAAUGUUCCAGAGUAUCCCACCCCAUCGUGCUGUGGUGAAAACUGCUGUUUGCCUCCAGAGCAGGUGUCGUACAUGGACUCAGUGUAUGUAAAGGGGAUUUAUAAUCUCAGUGCAGCCAACUCUGACCUCAGGGGUCUGAAUCCGUACAAGGCACUGGACCUGAGCAUCCACAAUAACUCUCAGAGCACCAGCCUCGUGGACCGCUGUGGGAGCACUCCUACCCGAGGGACUUGGAAUCGGGGAGCGCUGCCUCUGGCUGCACCUCUGCCUUCUCCUCCCACCAGGCUGGACAGCUAUCAAGUCACCAGACACCUUGAAAACUCGAGAGGGAGACACAGCUCUGGUGGUCACGGAGAGAGGGGUGGGCAGCCAGCUCCUUCCCUGCAGGACAAUGGACUCCCGGGUGGGGAUGUGCUGUGGAGUCAACACAGGGAUGGAAUUACCGAGCAAGAUACAGCGGCUGCUGGGAGAAAAACUCUGGAAAACAAAGGUCUGUCGUCUUCUGAUUCUACAAGUGAGGUAUCUAUAUCAAAAAUUCAGGGGUCAAAGAUGGAGGAAAAUGGUGAGUGGAGCCCACCCCAACAGCCUAUAAAGAGAAACAAUCCACACAUUUUUAGCAGACCUUCUUCGUUCAUUUUUCAAGAGUAUUUAAAGACUGACUCUUUGGCGAAUGUCCCUAAAAUACUUUCUGCUUAUAAUUCUGCUUAUGAAAUUCCUGAAGAGAUGAGCUCCCAGUCCCACCACCCGGUGCGUGCCAGCCCCAGCCCUGCUGAUGGCACAGCAGACAGACAGUGUCCCUGUGGUGGCCGUAGGGCAGCUCUCAGGGAAGCAGGUCCCCAAAACAUGAGGCCAGAGCCCAGCCACCGUAAAGGAUCCCUGCCCUGCGCUCGGUGCCUGCUCCACGGGGAGCUGCAUUCGGACUUGGAUCAGGAUGUGUUUGAGGAUGGUUGUGAGUUAAAAUACACAGACAACGCUCUUCUAAUUAAAAAUGCUUCCAGGAAGCUGAACAGUUGUACAGAUGCAAAUCAGUGUGUCGACUCUGAAGGAAAAAUUGGGAGGGAUAUUAAGGAACCGAUCCGGAAUCUGCAAACCAGAAUGCAGAGAUCAUCCCUGCCCUGCAGCCACGGCACCGCGGAAGCACAGCACCCUCCCUGGCAGGGCUCAGAUCAGGGAAACAGGCAAUGCUAUGACAAUUCUGACCAAAUGUCUUAUUUCAGACCAAAGGAAGAUUCCACAUCUCGGCUUUCACAUGAAGUCAAGAAAGAAAAACAGGCUGCUAACAGCAGUCCUGACCUUCACGUGCACCUAGAACAAAAGGAACCUCCUGUUCCUUAUCACAAAUACCAACCUGAAUUUCAAACACCACUCUUAAGGCAGCUUCAGGAUGAUCUUGGUGGUGAACAAAUAACCAGGCAGACGACUCCCAUGCUUUACUACCUUUCUGGGGGGAAAACCACCAACAUCCCGCUCCACAACAAGCUCACCCGAGGUCAGGAGGACUCGAGGAGCUCGCCAAAGGAAUUCCCAGCAAGCAGCUACUCUGCCUCAGCACGGUGUCUGGAGAUACAGAGGGAAAGCAAUCACCUCCAGAGGACCAAGCACCACCCUCAGUACAGUGCUGAUGAUCUCCUGCUGGAGGCUGAAGAUCUCCUUCUCGGGAGUCCUGCUUCAUCCCUGGAGGAGAGUUUCCAGAACGACUAUAGAGAGAAACUUAAAGUGGCUCAGAAAAAGGUUCUGCGAGAAACCUCCUUUAAAAGAAAAGACUUACAGAUGAGUUUGCCCGUUAGACUGAGACAGAAACCCUCUAAAAGGCCUUCAAUUGAACACCUUCGGUCUUUCUCGUUAUCCAGUACAAAUGACAAUGCCAAACCUGUUCCUUGUUCCCCUUCUCACCUAAAGUCCCCAGAAAGUUGCAAUCAAGAUGAAGAAAUGAAGAGGCCACAAAUGGGUCGAAUAGGGGGAAGGAAGAGGGUAAGCAAAGAGCAAAAGAAGCUGUGUUACUCUGAACCUGAGAAACUGGAUCAGCUGGCAGACAAGGAGGUACUGUGGAAUCAAGGCAGGGAUGAAAUUGCUGAGCAAGAUGCAGCUGGGAAGAAGGCUCUGGAGAACAGAGGGAGGGCACUUUCCAGUUCCAGUAUUUCCAGGACGGAGCUGAAACAAAUCCAGCACAUUGCACUUAUGGAGUACAUGGAGAGAAAGAUUAAUCAGAGGCCAGGUAGUUCCCAACACCUCCCGCUGCAUAAGCCACCCCUGCAGAAGAGACCGUCACAUCCCAAGUGGCCUCCUGGCAAGGUUCCUAAUCCAAACGGGAGCAGGAAGGUGCAAACCACUGAGGUUUUCUGCCAAGUUUCCUCUAAAGAGAAAUCACCAGGUGUUUCUCCUCCUUUGGCUUUUGUUCCCCCACCAAGUGGGAGCAGCGGGAGCCAUCCUGGCUCUGCUGCUGUGGGAACAGCCACGUCGAAGCACGAUCCAUCUCCUGGGGAAGCAGCCAGGAGCUGCACCAGCAACUGUGCAUCAGCAGAAAGUCUCCUGCAGGCGGGUGAUCCCAUGUCCGGGAGAGCUCGUGAGAGGUCAAAAUCGACUCCUUCUUCCACACAGGACCCUUGCAGAUGUUCCAGUGCUGUGGUGGCACCAACUCAGCCUUGUGAGAGCUGCCUCGACACCCCCAGUUUCCGUGAUCCUGAGAAAGGUGGCUGUGAGGAUCCUGAGUGCAAAGACCAUGCCAGCACUGGAGGUGUGAGCUGUCGGGGUACGAAGGAGCUGACUCCUGAAGCCUCUGUUCCUGUCCCCAGAAGCGAUGGCGAGGAAGAUGCUCGGGUGGAGGAGGAGGAAUCUGGAACAAAAUCUCCAAACAGCAAUGCUUUAAUAAAGUGCUCGGACCAGCAGCCUGUACCUCCUCUGGAGCAAGGGGACAAAGACACGGGCAAGGGUUUAGUCACACAGGACACACCUGUACACCACAGCCAAGGUGACAUUGUCCCCAAGAGAGGGACAGAUCUGCCCCAGAGGAGACUGCAGUCCCCUGAAGACCAGCGGUACGAGGCGCUUGCUCUGGAGAUCAUUGCCAAGGACAGUUCUCUGGUUGAUGUUCUCCUGCCUCAUCCCGUUAGAAAAACUGCUCUAGACCUGAUGGAGGGUCUGUUUCCUGUUAAUGUUUCUGUGCUGGAUAAAUCACACCGAAAAAGGGGAGACGUACAGCCUGUGCAGGAGGAUGACAGGAAAAGCAGUAAAGAUGCAACAGAAGAAUGUCCUGAAUCUGAACACGAUGCCAAGCAAAGGAGUGAAGAUCCCACCUCUAAGGGAAACCAAGUCCCAGACAGGAACAGAGAUGGCUCAAGCGACCUAGAUGACAUCACCUCUAAGAAACUGGAGCUCAUCUCCAGCCUUCGGUCGAAGCUGGGGACGCUGUGGGAGGAGAGGGAGCUCGUCCUGUCGGAAGCCCGUGCGUGCGCGGGCCGAGGCGAGGAGCUGGAGGCCGUGGUGCGGGAGCUCUGCAAACCCAACGAGUUUGAGCGUUACCUGAUGUUCAUCGGGGACCUGGAGAAGGUGGUGAGCCUCUUGCUCUGCCUGUCCAGCCGCCUCGCCCGCGUCCAGAACGCCAUGAGGAGGAUCGAUGGCAACACAGAUGCUGAGGAGAAGCACUCGCUGAACGAGCGGCACAAGCUCUUGUCCAGGCAGCGGGAAGACGCCAAGGACCUGAAGGAGAACCUCGACCGGAGGGAAAGAGUGGUCUCUGGGAUCCUCACCAAAUACCUGACCCAGCAGCAGCUCCAGGACUACCGGCGCUUCGUUCAGGACAAGACCUCCUUGUUGAUCGAGCAGAAGGACCUCGAAGAGCAGAUUAAAUUUUUCGAAGAACAGUUAGAAAAUCUUGAGAAAAGCCUCCCCCUCUAAUCGCCGCCGACAGCCCGUCCGUUUGCACACACCGUAAUUCGGGACGUUUCCUGGAAAUCCCCAGGUGCCAGGGUUGGUGAAUCCCAUCGAUCCUGUCCGUGCCACACUAUCCACAAGUGCUGAGAUGCUCCGGGGAUGCUCUGGGCACACGCUGGACUUGCCUUCCCCUUGGGACAGCCCAACUGACAACACCUUGCAUAGGUAGCAAACCAUGUUUUGGAAGUGACUGAUGGGAUGUGUUGCUCCUAUUAACUUGGCAUGUAUUUCCCCUUCUUGUUGUCUGUCCAUCUGUUUCCAGAUUGACAUAAUCCCAAUAAAAGAACCACACAAAUAU